GUCGCUUCUUGUGUGCAGUGAGGCAGACAUUGAGGAAGUUAACCCCAGCCGACAAGAACAGCAUUGUGGGCCAGAGGAGUUACGGAACAAUUCAUUUUCGGACAUCUUUCUGAGGCACAUAUCAUUUUUAUUCCUGGUCCUCUGACUUCAGUGGUAGUGGCGACACAACGUAUACUCCGACAUGAAUCUUCCCACAGACCAGAGCGUUGAAGAUGACUAUGUCCCUCCAGCACAAACAACAGACGACACUGCAAUCCUAUCGGAACAUGACAGCCUCCAGUUUCACGACUUUCAGCCGCUUCUACUUCCACCUACGUCUGCAAGUUCUUCGACUCCAUUCAAACGCCCAACUAGAACACCUGCCAUCGUCACUCAACCAGUAAAUACAAGUGUCCCUGAGGACUACAUGGUCUGGUCUAUCAUCACAAUGUGUUGUCCAUUACCAUUUGGUAUAAUGGCACUUUCGGCAUCAUGCGAGUCUCGCCGGAAAGCCCGCCGUGGGGACAUUGAAGGAGCUAAAAUUACCGCAGGAUAUGCUUUGGGAUUAAACAUACUACAGACGUUUUUAGCAGGAGCAGGCCUGUACAUUCUUCUUCUUGAGUAUUCUAACGUUAAUCUAACGAUCCAAUAAACCUGUACGCAUAUAUAGACUUGCCGUUUUAUACACCUUACUACUGAUAUCGUCUUCCUUAUUUCCCCGUAAAUAUGAAGAUCUCAGCUAUGGAAUAGUUAUAUUUGUCUACGGCCCGGGAGCUUCUGUGUGUGGGGAAACAGCAUUACAGAUGGACAACAAUGACCACCAGUCCGUAAUCAAAUGCUACGUAUUAAUCAGCGGAUAGUAAUGACACUUCCAUACAAUGAUUGAGGUCGAGUAAGCAAACAGGACUUUGAGACAUCAUAGCGACCAUCCCAAUAUCGGACCAGAUGUUCCGUAAUGGAGAAUGCCUGGUGCCACCCAUGAAGAUGUUUGUUGUACAUUAUCCUCUGUUUGGUUACGCUGAUAUAUCGUUUACUGUAUCGGAAUAUAGUACUAUCAUGAGAACUAUUCUGAUAUAUUAGUGUUAACCAAAACGCGUUUUACAGAUGUGAUGUUUGUCAUAACUAUAACAUAAACCUAUUGUUAUCCUCUAUCAUACUCUAGGUAUGUCACAGUUAUUCCUAAUCUAAGUUCCGACGUCUCAGCUCACAUAGUGGUAUGUAGUAAUGUAAAUAAUCCAAACGUUACUUCUUACAAUUGUCUGAAUAUUUUUUUUUUCAAAUUAAUCAUUAAUUGUGAUAAAUUAAUAACAUAUAUCAGGUGUGUACCCUGAUCAAAUCAAUCAUUAAUCAUAAUUAAUCAAACACAUAUAACAAGUGUUUAUCCUGAUCAAAUUAAUCAUUAAUCAUGAUAAAUCAAUCACAUAUAACAGGUGUGUACCCUGAUCCAAUCAAUCAUUAAUCAUAAUUAAUCAAACACAUAUAACAAGUGUUUAUCCUGAUCAAAUUAAUCAUUAAUCAUGAUAAAUUAAUGACAUAUAUCAGGUGUGUACCCUGAUCAAAUCAAUCCUUAAUCAUAAUUAAUCAAACACAUAUAACAAGUGUUUAUCCUGAUCAAAUUAAUCAUUAAUCAUGAUAAAUCAAUCACAUAUAACAGGUGUGUACCCUGAUCCAAUCAAUCAUUAAUCAUAGUAAAACAAUAACAUAAACAGGUGUGUACCCCGAUCAAAUAAAUAAAUCAACAAUAUAUGCAUUAAUUAUUCAACAAGAAUUCUCAAAAUAAAUGGUACGCUGAUCAAAUUAAUUUAACUUCACUGCAAUAUAUAUAUUGCCAUUCUACCAGCGUAUCAUAGGAAUGAAAGCUUUCAUGUUUUUAAUGGUCAUUAUGACCUACUUUUUGCGUUAUGCAUAUUGGAGGACAAACUUUGAUAACUUUGUUUAUUGUGUACUUGAUAGUAUUGAAUGGAUAUUCAUUUUAAUACAAAGAACCUGUCGAGCUGUUCCCUAGUAUUAAAAAAUCAUCUUAAAACAUAUUGUGUUCAAUUUUCAUUUUCUUAAAGAAUAGAUAUGCCGUUAUGAAAGGAUAUAGAAUUCAUUGCAAUACAAAUGUAUUUCCCUUUGGAUGCAUUUCGUAUUCCUUUUAAUAUUGACAAACCCAUAAAAACAUAUAUGUAUAAUGAACUACAUUUUGUCGCGUGUCAAUAAUGUGCAGUAGUGAUCAAGAGUAUAUAAUAUCCAUGUAUCCAAGUAUUGGCAGCUUUACCAGAAGAUUCAGGAUUAAUAGUCAUCCAAGAGCAGGAAAGAAAUAUGGAUAUGAAUAGAAAAGUCCGUGGCGUAUACUCCAAUAAUGACUAUGAUUGAUUCGAUGACAAAAAUCUGUGGCCCUUCAAUCGUUUGCUGAGCUAGUGGAGGAUAUAAAAUAUUGGCUACAUUCGAGAAUAUAUAUACACUUAUACUUGCUAGUUAUAAAGACAUUUUAUACUGUUAAACAAAAACACUAUUUACAUAUAGAAAACUCAAAACACAUUGAUUAAAGAUUUAAUGUCUAGUUCGGUAAUUAUCAAACUUCAUGAUUCUAUAUAAAUAUAUGUUCCAUGUCACAAAUAAACAUCGAUAUACAUGUAGUUUGAUAAUUGCAUACUUGUCAUCAUUACACCAAUCCUAUUAAUUAGAAACGUGACAACAAUAUCAAGCUAAUUAAUCCUAUACUACAUGCAUUCAACUCAUGACAUCGUGGUGCUGUUUAUUCCGAUCGGGAUGUUCAACAACGCCAGUAUCGUUGAGAUGAUAACGGCUCAAAAGCGGCAAUACUUUUUCAUCCAAGUCACGGUAACUCAAAAAGGUAUUUUCAGUAAUGUCUGAAUACCAGCAGUUCACUGACGAGGAUUCCGUUCCAAGCUCCCCAUCUUUGCCACGAGAGGCAUGCGUCAGUGAUAGUCCACCGCCAUAUUUUCCACCUACGGAUGAAGGAAACGCACAGUACACAUGGGGAGCCAGCCCAGCAUGUGGACAGAGUGUGACGUCACUACUUCCAAUAGAUGGACCCAAACCGCCACCGUACAGCCAUAUCGACAUUGAUGCACCCCCUCCUUUCGAUUUACACGAUACUGAGUAUGGCCACCCUACUACCCACACUCCAGUACAGCCGUCCUCCGCUAAUGACACCAGCGUCGUCAUACAACAGCCAAAUGGCACCGAGCUGCCCUCAGUGGUACAUGUACAUACCCCUGUACCCAAUGACUAUCUAGGCUGGUCCAUUUGUGGCUGUCUGUGCUGUAUAUGGUCACUCGGAAUCUGUGCCAUUAUCUCGUCCUACGAUUCUCGUAGAGCUGCCGAUAACGGCGACAUGGCGAACGCCAAGACCAGCUCACUCUGCGCCCUGAGAAUAAACAUUAUCAACAUGGUGGUCGGCGUGGUGGUUAUGACAUAUUGUCUACUCCGGUUCGGACUUGGUUAUUAAUAUAUCCAGUCCGUUAUUGUGUGGUAGUAAUUAUACAACCAAUUUUUAAUUAAAGAGAUAUGCAAUGCCA